UGUGGCUUGAAGUGGAUCUAGAUAAUAGAGAGAAAUUGUGUAUAAUGGUUAAUAUUCUUUGGUUUAUAACUAUUACGUAUUGUGUCGAAUAUUCACUGACUUGAAGGAGGAAGGAAGUGCCUAUAAUACUCUAAUUCCUUCGAUGGAGACGCCGAGGGGCGCCGCCGCGGGGGGCCUCUGAGCGACGCCCUUCCGCUCGCGCAGAUGGAGCAGGUGCCGCUGGAGGCGCUGUGGUGCCAGUGCCAGGGCAACGCCAGCGCCACGCCGCACCUGCACCAGAUCCACGCCCAGGUGGCCCAGAUGCACGCGGACGCCGCCCACCACGCCCUCUGCUACGUGGGCGUGGUCGUCUCGCUCUACCUGCUGGGCCUCGCCGCCAUCAUCGGGCGGUCGGGGCGGUCCGAGCGCCAGGCGGCGGCGUCGGCGCUCGCCUCCUGCCUCUCCGGCGCCCUCGCCUCCGUCGGCCGCCUCGCCGCCUCCGUCGGGAGCUCGAGGGCCGCCCCCGCGGCGCCCACGGCCGUCCGGGAGCAGCCGCUCAGGCCGGCCAUCGCGCUCUCCCCGUGCCCCUCCAGCAGAUGCCGGGGCGCCGCCCCCCCCGCGACUACUCGUCAAUAA